AUGGAGCUGUCGGAGGUGCGUUGCUCAGGGGCCAGCGAGGAGCUCUACACCAUUAACAAAACCCCCAGCUCCGGGCGGGCCAAGCGCCUCCUGUGGCAGAAUGCGGUACGGCACAUCACCGAGCAGCGCUUCAUCCACGAGCACAGCAGCCGCGACGAAGAGGAGUACGGGCCGGAGGAGGGCCAGAGGAAGGAGUCUGGAGGUCGUGCUUCGCUCAGCCAUAACAACGGAGGGACCAAGGUGUUCCCGGAGCGCACGUCGGACUUGGGCUUCCUCCAGAUCGACUGCGCUCCCACAAACUCGGACUUCUUCCUGAACUGGGGCUACUCGUAUCGCGGUGUUAUCUUCCCCACGCUGCGCAACGCCUUCAAGUCUCGUGACCUGGAGCGCCUCUACCAGCGCUACUUCCUGGGACAGCGGCGCAAAUCCGUGGUGGUCAUGAACCUUCUCGACGUGGUCACCAAGCUCACGCUCCUGGUGCUCCAUCUGACCCUGGCCUCCACGCGCAUGGACCCGGUCAAGGGGGCGCUGUUAGGCUUCUUCACGGGCAUCGAGGUGGUGGUCUGUGCCUUGGUGGUAGUGCGGAAGGACGCGGCGUCGCACAGUUACCUGCAGUACAGCGGAGUGGUGACCUGGGUUGUCAUGACGACGCAGAUCCUAUCAGCCGGGCUGGGGUACGGGUUGCUAGGCGAUGGGGUUGGUUAUGUGCUCUUCACCUUGUUCGCCACCUACAGCAUGUUGCCCCUACCCCUCACCUGGGCCAUCGCAUCGGGGCUGCUCACCGCCACUCUGCACAUCCUGGUCCAGAUGUUUCUGUCCCGCACGGCAACGCUGUCCACCAAUCAGGUGGCAGCUCAGGCGGUGCUCUUCCUCUGCGUGAACACUGCAGGGGUCUUCAUCAGUUACCUUUCGGACCGCGCUCAGAGACAGGCCUUUCUGGAGACACGACGCUGCAUCGAAGCUCGACUAAGGCUGGAGACGGAGAAUCAGAGACAGGAGCGAUUGGUUCUGUCAGUGCUGCCGCGCUUCGUCGUCCUGGAGAUGAUCAACGACAUGACCAAUGUGGAGGAUGAGAACUUACAGCACCAGUUCCACCGCAUCUACAUCCACCGCUAUGAGAAUGUCAGCAUUCUUUUCGCAGACGUCAAAGGCUUCACCAACCUGUCCACCACGCUGUCUGCGCAGGAGCUAGUGCGUAUGCUCAACGAACUGUUCGCCCGCUUCGACCGCCUCGCACAUGAGCACCACUGUCUGCGUAUAAAGAUCCUGGGCGACUGUUACUACUGUGUGUCGGGUCUGCCAGAGCCCCGCCCAGACCACGCCCACUGCUGCGUGGAGAUGGGCCUCAGCAUGAUCAAGACCAUCAGGUACGUGCGCUCGCGGACCAAACACGACAUUGACAUGCGCAUCGGGAUCCACUCAGGCUCCGUUCUCUGUGGGGUCCUGGGGCUGCGUAAGUGGCAGUUCGACGUGUGGUCCUGGGACGUGGACAUCGCCAACAAGCUGGAGUCUGGAGGCAUUCCUGGGAGAAUCCACAUCUCCAAGGCGGCUCUGGACUGUCUGAACGGAGACUACGAGGUGGAGGAGGGACACGGGAAGGACCGCAAUGACUUUCUGCGCCGGCACAACAUCGAGACGUUCCUAAUCAAGCAGCCGGAGGAGAGCAGCCUCAGCCCCCCCGAGGACAUCAUGAAGGAGGCGGGGGGCGGAGCCGAUCGCAGGGCCAGUACCGCCACUUUCAACGAGGCAUCGUGGAGCCCCGAGCUGCCCUUCGACAACAUCAUGGGCAAGCAGAACACCCUGGCCGCUCUAACACGAAACUCCAUUAACCUGCUUCCAAACCAUCUCGCCCAAGCUUUGCAUGUCCAGUGUGGGCCCGAGGAGAUAAACAAGCGCAUAGCCAGCUCCAUCCAUCAGAGGAGCGGAGAUAAGCUGAGACGCGAGCACAUGAAGCUUUUGUCACUCAUGUUUAGAGUCUCCAGUCUGGAAGAGAAGUACUCUCAGAUGAGGGAUGAGGUCUUCAAGUCAAACCUGGUGUGCGCCUUCAUCGUGCUCAUCUUCAUCACGUCCAUCCAGAGCCUGCUGCCCUCCGCCAGCAUGGUGACGAUGGGCGUACAGUUCUCCAUCCUCAUUGCCCUGCACUCCUGCCUGCUCUUGGUCACCACAGCAGAGGAUUACAAGUGUCUCCCCCUAGUGCUGAGGACUGCGUGCUGCUGGGUCAACGAGACCGCCUCCGCCCGUAACGCCAUCGUCUGCCUCUCCAUCCUCAUCAACUUCCUGGCUGCCAUGAUCAACAUCUUGUGGUGUGACUUUGAUAAACCCAGCACGCUCCGAAACCAGACAUACAACAUGUCAGGAGCAGUCCCAGAUAUCUGCCUUUACCCAGAGUACUUUGUGUUCACGGGCGUGCUGGCCAUGGUGACCUGCGCUGUGUUCCUGCGCCUCAACUCUGUGCUCAAACUGGCCAUCCUCCUCCUCAUGAUGGGAGUGUACUCUCUGCUGACCGAGGCCUUCUAUACUGCGCUGUUUGUUCGAUAUGAUACUGUGCACCACAAUACACAGAACUUCUUGGGGACCAAAGAAACAUCUCUUCUUCUCAUGGCCAUGUUCCUCCUGGCCGUCUUCUACCAUGGACAGCAGUUGGAGUACACGGCACGUCUGGACUUCUUGUGGAGGGUCCAGGCGAAGGAGGAGAUCAAUGAGAUGAAAGAGCUGAGGGAGCACAACGAGAACAUGCUAAGGAACAUCCUACCUAGCCACGUGGCAAGACACUUCCUGGAGAAAGAUCGCGACAAUGAGGAGCUGUAUUCUCAGUCAUAUGAUGCAGUUGGUGUGAUGUUCGCCUCCAUCCCGGGCUUUGCAGACUUUUACUCGCAGACGGAGAUGAAUAACCAGGGUGUAGAGUGUCUGCGAUUGCUCAACGAGAUCAUCGCAGACUUCGACGAGCUGUUGGGAGAGGAACGCUUCCAGGACAUUGAGAAGAUCAAAACCAUCGGCAGCACAUACAUGGCAGUGUCCGGCCUGUCCCCCGAGAAGCAGCAGUGCGAGGAUAAGUGGGGACACCUCUGUGCUCUGGCCGACUUUGCCAUCGCGCUGAACGAGAGCAUCCAGGAGAUUAAUAAACACUCCUUCAACAACUUUGAGCUGAGGAUUGGCAUGGCUCAUGGUUCGGUUGUCGCCGGCGUGAUUGGAGCCAAGAAGCCCCAGUACGACAUCUGGGGCAAAACAGUGAACCUGGCCAGCCGCAUGGACAGCACCGGGGUCAGCGGCAAGAUCCAAGUCCCCGAGGAGACCUACCUGAUUCUCAAAGAGCGCGGAUUUGCCUUCGAGUACCGCGGAGAGAUUUACGUCAAAGGCAUCAGCGAGCAGGAGGGCAAGAUUCGCACCCACUUCCUGUUGGGCCGCGUGCAACCCAACCCGCUCAUCCUGCAACCGCGCAAGAUCACCGGGCAGUACUCGCUAGCCGCCGUGGUCUUGGGUCUGGUGCAGUCGCUCAACCGGCAGAAGCAGAAGCAGAUACUCAAUGAAAACAACAACUCUGGGAUCAUGAAAGGACACCAUUACAACCGCAGGACGUUGUUAGCGCCCGCGGGAUCGGAUAGCACAAGCGGGCACCACGCCGAGUCCACCGAUAAAACCGAGCUGUCCUGAGGAAAGGAGGAGAGGGACAGCGAUUACAAAAAAAAAAAAAAAAAAAAACACUUGAAGAGAUGGCACAAAAACGGAUCCGAAGCCAGGGAUUUAUGAGCAAAGCAAUGUAGGGGAAGAGCGGGUGUCACUAAGGCUAAAGCUAAAGGCUAAAGUCUAAACGCUAAAGGCUAACUUAUUUAACAGAGGCGUAAAAAAGGAGAUAAUGAAGAUUUGGGUUAUGGUUUGUGGUGGUGUGUCCAGUGUCACGCUUGGUUUUGUCCAGUGAUCUCAAACGUCUAAAUGACAUAAAUACAUAUUAUAAAGUUCCCAUAUUAUGCUUUUUGGACUUUUUAAGCUCAUUUUGAGAGGCCUUAGCUUGGGUUGUGAACUUAAUUUGUCAGAUACUGUAAUGUUGAUCGUGAACCCGGAAGCAAUGCUGGUGCAGUGUUGGCAGGCCAGUUGUUGUUAGCAAAAGUAGCCUGGGAAGCUAAGAAUUCAUGCUUCUUCAAUCCUUUACAAAGACAAGUACUCUGGACACUUUUCAAAGUUCAAAUGGGCGUGACUGACAGAUGAAUUGGCCAAUCAGGAGCUAUGUUUUGUCCUUUUGUAUCAAAAUAAACAUGGCUGCCGUGCGUGUAAACUGUUAAUCUGUUUUUAAAAUUGACUCAGUCCCUUUACAUUUAUGUUUAAGCAGGAGUGGAAAGAGUACUGAAAAUGUGUAUUCAAGUAAAAGUUGUUGAGUACUAUUUACUUUUUUUAGAAGGUCAAAACUUGAUAAAUCAAAAAUUGGAUAUUCUCUGAGCAGGUGCAGUGCUGUUAGAAGUUUGUCGGUGUAGAAAAAGCAGAGACAGUCGUGGAUUAGGACAAUUAGGUACUACAGUACUCAGUUGCUUCUAUGAUUUAAACCUAAUUACAAUAAUAUGGCUAAAGAUACAGUAUAGCCACUGACAAGUACAAGUACAGGCUGAAAAAUGUACUCAGAAAUUACAAUUACCCCAAAAUUCUACUCAAUUACAGUACAGUACAGUAAGUAAGUAUUUGUAAUUAGUUACUUUACACUCCUGUUUAAAUGAAGAAUUCACGUCACAUUUGAGUGUAUUGCAAAUGGCUGGAAACAGUGAGGAGUGGGGCAGUUUAAAGGCCCUUUGUAACGUAGAAAGUUGGAUUUAAACCGCCAGCGAGUCCUUUCGAGUUCACGAUCUCAAUGGUUCAUGACACAGUCUCUCUUAUAUUAAAUGGCUGUUUACGAAUGAACAAAAGUUAGGUACAGGGCCUUUAAAUGAGGCUAGUAUCAGUAGAAUCUGGUGAAAGUGUAUGGGCUUUAAGGGUCCUAUAUUACAUGAAAUUGAGCUAUGUUUGAAUGGUGUUAUCGUCAAACACAAACCUGGACUUCUGUUUGGUUUCAUUCACACAUGUUUGAGUAAUCCUUUAUAUUAAUCUCUACAUUUCCAAAGCUCAAAAUGCUCUUUUCCACAAUCUCAUGUAGUGGUAGUUUUAAGGUUAACAGAGCUACUUUUAGAUUUUGUCUUGAAGAAAUUGGCAAUUCCAGGGCUGAAAUCAUCCAGAUGAUUCUAAUGAAGGUAUAUGCAACUUAAAAACACAGUGGAGCACUUCUUGUAUCACCACAUGACAUCACAAGGUGGGAGUGUUUUCUGUUUGAGAGAAGAACACAGCCGACACAGUCAGUUAUUCAGGAUUUGUAUGUUAAACAUGUGUGAAUGACUCCAGGUCUGUUUUUGGCGAGGAAACAAUAUUAUAACAUCGAUAAGAAAAUAGCGUAAUAUGUGUCCUUUAAAAACACAGAGGAACACACCAGUAUCCAUUGUCAAAUCUCAAAAAGGUAUAUAAAAUCUGUUAAGCAAAAUAUGGGAUCUUUAAGGGUUUGUUGUAGCAGUUUUGGCUAUGAUUUUCUCCAUUUCAGCAAUUCUAUUCAACAAUUCUAGCACUAAUAUCAUGGGUUUGGGACCUUGUCUGAACAAUGUGAUAACACCUUGUAAUUCGUAGGUCAGUACAUGAUUGUGAACAGCUCACAGUGGGCCGAUUCCUUCAGAUGCCGUGCCAGUCAGUAAGACAUACAGGCCACUGGAGCAAAGAAUAAAACAAAGAUUGAAUUUGAAACAUUCCAACAGAACAUUACCUCUGGCCCCACCCACUGCAAUUGUUCGACCAAUCAGGUGCCUCCAAACGGCGCCUCUAUGAAUGUUGCUUUUAAAACGGAGGAUAAAGACUGUGCUGUUUCCUUUUUUUUUACACCCCGCCCUUGCCCCGCCCCCUCGGCCCCGAUGUCCAAUAACAAUAUUUAUUUUGUAUUUCUUUUCUAUUUAA